AUGGCUGUUGGCUCUCAAGCCGUACGUAAAUAUCGUACUUUCCAAGCGCACGAGUCUGCUAUCCUAGUCCGCGACUUCCUCCUUGAGCCACAAGAUUUCGAGCUCUCCAUCGAGCGGUACUCUGUAUCCGUUACCUCAAUUGUAGGCUGGGGUCGGCGUGUCGACCGCAAGAACGACUAUGUCGCUCAACAAGCUCUCAAACUCAUGGAAGCCGUCAACUUCGUCGUCCCUGGCAUCUUUCUCAUGGAAGCUGUUCCGUUCCUGAUGCACUUGCCUGCUUGGUUAUACGCGUUGCCAAGUCAGAUGCGACUGGGUGCUAGCGUUUUGUCACGCUACUUUUACUUACUCACACAAGAAGGCGCCGAGGCAAAAGAACACAACUUUGGCAAGCAAGUCAUGGCCUCUCAGCAAGGCAGCGAUAUUACGGAUGUGGAGGUUGCAAGCCUCAUGGGCAACCUGAUUGGUGGUGGAGUAGAUACAACCAGCAGCACCAUGAUGUCGUGCAUCUUGGCAAUGGCACGCUUUCCAGAAGUGCAAAAGAAAGUUCACGCUGAGUUUGAUGCAGACAUCGACUCGAACGCGCUUCCAUACAUGACUGCCGUGGUCAAAGAGGCGCUUCGAUGGAGGACUGUCACUAUAUUAGCUGGCAUUCCUCAUGCUAAUACUGUCAACUUUGAUUACCAGGGCUACCAUUUCCCAGCUGGCACUAACUUUACUGGUAACAUGUGGGCUAUCCACAGGCAUCCACGCGACUUUCCCGAUCCAGACAGGUUCAUACCAGAGAGAUUUCUUGAGGGCGAAGGCAGUGCGAAACAACCGUACCCGAACAAGUACGGUAUGAAUCCUUUCGGUUGGGGACGUAGACAGUGUAGCGGCCAGCCGCUUGCCGAACAAGGCCUUCUCUACUCCCUCGCGCGAAUGAUGUGGGCCUUUAAUAUCCUGCCAGGUCUUGACGAGCAUCACAACGAAGUCAAAUUGGACAUAUUCGCCUACACCAACAGCGAGAAUAUGCGACCGGAGCCUUUCCAAGUGUGCUUUGUUCCACGCUCGGAUGCGAUUAAGAAUCUGCUAUUAGAUGAGGCUGGAGAAGCACGUGAGGCGUUGCGAAUCUAUGAUGGAGAAACCCGAGUGACGAUGGAAGACGCUGCCAACUACGCAGCAAUAUAG